GGCAGUUCCUCAUUAAGCUUUGAUAAACCUCUCAGUUACCUCUUUUAUUUUAUUUUAUAAUAAUAAUAAUUGGAACUCCAGCGUCCCGACUUUUCUUGUUAAUGAAAGUUUUUUUUUUCUUUUGAUUUUUCAUAUUCCUGUGAUUUCCCAUGGAGCCAAGUAUUUACUCAAUCAAUGAGCUUCACCAUUUUUCUUCUUGUUAUAUUGGAUUUCGCUCUAUAAACUCCAAAUGCACCGUUCAAUUUUCUCAAUCUUUAACCUUAUUCUCUCCUCGACCCUUCCGCCCUCUCAGAGUAGGGUUUCGAUCGAACUCGCCGAUUAUCGCAUGCAGCUCCGUCGCCGAGUCUGAAAUUGAAACUUCUUCGCCGGCAGCCGGGAGUCCCGUCUCCGUCAAUCCGGUUUAUGUCCCCACGCCGGCCAAUCGAGACACUCGAACUCCUCACAGCGGGUACCACUUUGAUGGAACUACCCGGCAAUUUUUUGAGGGUUGGUACUUUAAGGUAGCAAUUCCAGAACGAAAACAGAGCUUUUGCUUCAUGUACUCGGUGGAGAAUCCUGCAUUUAGGAGGGAAUUGACGCAGUGGGAGAUGCUGCAGCAUGGACCUAGGUUUACUGGAGUUGGGGCUCAAAUUCUUGGUGCUUAUGACAAGUAUAUAUCUCAAUACACUGAGGAAUCUCAAAACUUCUGGGGAAGUCGGCACGAGCUAAUGUUGGGGAAUACAUUUUUAGCAAACAAAGCCUUACGUCCUCCAAGUAAGGAGGUUCCUCCUCAGGAAUUCAAUAGAAAAGUUUUGGAAGGCUUUCAAGUUAGCCCACUUUGGCAUCAAGGCUUUAUUCGUGAUGAUGGCAGGACAUAUUACGCAAAAACUGUUAAAACUGCACGUUGGGAGUACAGUACUCGCCCCACCUAUGGAUGGGGUAAUGUUGGGUCCAAGCAGAAGUCAACAGCUGGCUGGCUUGCAGUUUUGCCCAUAUUUGAACCCCAUUGGCAAAUUUGCAUGGCCGGUGGACUUUCAACAGGCUGGAUAGAGUGGGAUGGCGAAAGGUUUGAGUUUCAAGAUGCCCCUUCAUAUUCAGAAAAGAAUUGGGGUGGAGCUUUCCCUAGAAAAUGGUUUUGGGCUCAAUGUAAUGUCUUCGAAGGUGCAAAUGGAGAAGUUGCUCUGACUGCUGGUGGUGGGUUGAGGCAACUGCCUGGCCUGACUGAUACCUUUGAAAAUGCUGCAUUGAUUGGAGUGCACUAUAAUGGAGUUUUCUAUGAAUUUGUACCAUGGAAUGGUGUUUUAUCUUGGGAAAUUGCUCAAUGGGGUUACUGGUACAUGGCUGCGGAGAAUGAGACACAUAUGGCUGAGUUAGAGGCAGCAACAAAUGAUGUGGGUACAACGUUGCGUGCUCCAACAACAGAGGCUGGCCUUGCUCCAGCUUGUAAGGACACCUGUUUUGGUGAUCUAAGAUUGAAGAUCUGGGAAAAAAAAUAUGGUGGCACUAAGGGGAAGCUAAUCUUGGAUGUUAAAAGUGACAUGGCAGGACUAGAAGUAGGAGGAGGGCCAUGGUUUAACACUUGGAAAGGGAAGACUACAACCCCAGAGGUCAUAAAAAAUGCUCUUCAAGUUCCUGUUGAUGUGGAAGGAAUAUUUGGUUUGGCUCCAUUUUUCAAACCCCCUGGGCUAUAAAUCAUUGCAUCUGUUCUCAGAAUGGAAUAUGCUCUUCAAUCUUCCAAGUUUAAUGAGAAGUGUAGCUGAUGAUCCAUUCCAUGCUGCAGGUCUGCUGAUCUUCAACAAAUGGCAAAAUGCAUAGACACUGUAAAGCAUAUGGUAACAAUUUGUAUAAGAUCAAGGAUUCUACUUUAAUAUGUCAGGUUUGGAUGCGAGGAUUAUAACUCGUGCUGUUUGUUGACCACGUAUUAUUCCUUUAGCUAAAAGAAGGACGAAAAAAAAAAAAAAAAUGAAUUAUAGAUCAGCAGUGGCCAACGGUUGCUUGUCGAAGAAAUGCCCAUAAAAGAAAAUUAAUAAAGCUGGCAGUUGACUGCA